UGUCGCGCAGUCAAAUCUCCAAGGCCAAGAUCAUCACCCACUUGACACUCAACAUCGCAACGGAUCGCAAGAAUGACCUCGACCGGUGCCAUUCUUCUGGUUAUUUCCUUCUUGUGUGGGCAAGCUCUAGCAGCUACCACUAGCGAGGUCACUCCCACCACACUUAUCGGCGCGGCCACAGCUACCGUGACUAGAUACGUCAAGGAGCAGGAGGACGAAAACGACAGGGACGACGAGGAGAUCUUAGCAUACUGUUUAUUUGGUGUAAUGGGCGUCGGAGGCACGAUUCUGCUCUUGGGCUCGCUGUACACCUGUUGCAAUCGGUUCAGAGGGCGUAGGAACACACCAACACCUGGUUGCGUCGAAGCGCAAUCUCACGCUACUCCCAACACGAGCGAAGACGUCCCGCCCUAUGAGAAGGCGCAGAACGAAGCGGCCAGCUCGGCCUCAAAACUAGGAGAGGCGCCUCCUUACUCGCUCCCGGACGACCAAUCGGUUUCGGUACCAACUGCUCAACUCUCCUCGCCCGAUGUGGAGAAGCAUGAUUGCCAGGAAUCGACCGAAAGCUCUCUGGAAGCUACCAAUGUGCAAUCGAUCUCGUAUUCUGUAUCUGCUAGUGAUGCAGCUUCAAUCCAUGGGGAGAAGCAGGAACAGAACGAAAACAUGCAGGUUCGCUGAUCGACGAUUGGAAGCCGAAGUUGAAUGGUUCACUAGCGGAAGCUACCAAGGGCCACCAAAUUAUCUUCGGCUCAUCCAGACUGAAUGCCGCUUCCAAGUCAUUGGAUUAUACACGAUUACUACAUACACGAAAAGUACACAGUCGGUAUUGGGCAGGGUCUUUCAAAUCGAUCGUUGGCACUUUCUAUUUCAAAAAUCUACUGGCGGAUGUGACGCUCCGCUGUUUUAUGUU